AUGGCUUCUUCAAUCUCUCUCUCAUUCUCUUCUUCUCUGCUUCCUCAUCCUCUCCCUCUCAAUAAGAACUCCACAGCCAUCCACAGAGCCCAAGACUCAAACUUUAAGCUAGUACACUGCGCAUUCGCAGCACCAGCUACACGCACUCGUUCAACUUCGUCUUCGUCUUCUGAGACCAGAAAGAGGCACUGGAAGCAAGGUGAGUUUCCAGGGGUCUCAGAGACAUCGAUUCCUGGGACUUACAGAAGGGCCCCCUUAAAAAAUGUGAAGAAGAAGUUGGACCGCAAGAACAACGCCAAGGCCUGGGCCAACACCGUCACUGAAGCCUUGUCUGACGCCAUAGACAAGAAGCAAUGGCUUCAAGCUCUUGAGGUAUUUGACAUGCUAAGAGAACAACCUUUUUAUCAACCAAAAGAAGGGACUUACAUGAAACUCCUUGGUCUGCUUGGAAGAUGUGGCCAACCCCAUCGUGCCCGUCAGCUUUUUGACGCAAUGGUUGAAGAAGGCUGUGAACCAACUCUUGAACUCUACACAGCCCUACUUACAGCUUAUUGUCGGAACAAUCUAAUUGAUGAGGCAUUUUCUGUUCUCAACCAGAUGAAGACCCUCCCGCAUUGCCAGCCUGACGUUUUUACAUACAGUACCUUAAUAAAGGUUUGCAUUGAUGCUUUGAAAUUCGAAUUAGUUGAGUCCUUGUAUGAGGAAAUGGCUGAACGGUUAAUAACUCCAAACACAGUCACCCAAAACAUAGUGUUGAGUGGAUAUGGUAAAGCUGGGAAGUAUGAUCAGAUGGAAAAAGUGUUGUCAGGGAUGCUGGAGGGUGCAACUUGCAAGCCUGAUGUCUGGACAAUGAAUGUUAUCCUUAGUGUGUUUGGCAACAAGGGUCAGAUAGAUAUGAUGGAGCGAUGGUAUGAGAAAUUCCGUGAUUUUGGGAUUGAGCCAGAAACUCGCACUUUUAAUAUUCUGAUUGGUGCUUAUGGGAAAAAGAAAUUGUAUGAUAAAAUGUCAACUGUGAUGGAGUACAUGCGCAAGCUUCAAUUCCCAUGGACAACAGCAACAUACAACAAUGUGAUUGAGGCUUUCGCUGAUGUAGGAGAUGCAAAAAACAUGGAGUACACAUUUGAUCAGAUGCGUGCUGAGGGCAUGAAAGCAGACACCAAAACGUUCUGCUGCCUUAUUAAUGGAUAUGCCAAUGCAGGUCUCUUCCAUAAGGUGGUUAGCAGUGUUCAGUUGGCCGGAAAGUUUGAGAUACCCGAGAAUACCACAUUUUAUAAUGCAGUAAUAGCUGCAUGUGCAAAGGCAGAGGAUUUGAUGGAGAUGGAGAGAGUUUUUAAGCGGAUGAAAGAGAAGCAAUGUCCACCGGAUUCCACAACAUACUCUCUUAUGGUUGAGGCAUAUAGUAAGGAAGGUAUGAACGAUAAGAUCUACUACUUGGAGCAGGAGAUUGGUGUUGAUGUUAACCAAAAUGACAACUCCUCAGGAAUUGAGUCUGAUGCUGUUGUCUGA